AUGGGCAACUGCUGUGGAAAAUCAGAAUCGGAGGCCUUUCAACAGCCCGGCCGCGUCUUGGGCUCCGCGCCUCCUCCAGCCUCAGGGACAGCACCGGUUCCGACAACAGUGGGAGGUCCGCCACGGACUCUGGGAGGUGCAGCACCGGCAGAGGCAUCGGGCGACGCCGACGACGCGAGGAGGAGAGCUGCCGAAGCCGCAGAGGCUCGAGCAAAGGCAUACGCGAAACCAGGCGGGAAACUGCAGACACAGCUAGCGGCGCAGAAGAAGCAGACACGCUCCGACACGCUUAAGGAUGCCAGCCAGGAGCAGCUGCGCGCCCGCGACGCCGACGAAGCAGCCGAAGCCCGCAACUGGGCGUGA